AUGGAUUACUACACUAAAAUAUUGACGAAGAACUGGGAAGAGUUUGAGGAAGAACAGAACAACUAUUUAGAAAAAGAAUAUUACGCACAAGAAUCGAAUUGUGCAAUCCAGGAAUUUGAUGUUAUUCAACAAUUUACUACAAAUGAACUAUUUGAUACUAGAGAAGCACUCAUUGGAUGGGCUAAGAAAAUUGGAAAACAAAAUGGAAUUGUGAUUGUGAUCAAGAGUUCAGAAUCUAGGGGUCCUGGAAAAAGACCUAGAGUUCAUCUUGCUUGUGAACGUAGUGGAAAGUAUAGACCAUCAAAGAGGAAAGAAGAAAUAAUAGGAGAAUUAAAACGGAAGUGCACAGGUUCAAAAAAGUGUGAUUGUCCGUUUGAAUUACUUGGUAUGAAAUUUGAGCAAUGGGAGUUGAAAGUUGUAUGUGGACUGCAUAAUCAUGCACUAGCAGUUCAACUGGAGGGUCAUUCAUAUGCAGGGAGGCUUAUAGAAAAAGAGAAAGUAAUUUUAAAAACAAUGUCUGAGAAUCUCGUGAAACCUAGAAAUAUUUUGAUGAGCCUAAAGGCAGAUGAUGAGAAUAAUGUUACUACUAUCAAAACUAUAUAUAAUGCGCGUCAAAGAUAUAAACUUAUUGAGAAAGAUGGUAGAUCACAAAUGCAACAGUUGAUGAAGAAAUUAAGAUGA